GUUAAAUGAAUGUUUUUGUCCUCAUGCUGACAAUGGAAACAUCAAACAAAUUGAAUCUUGAGACUCCACUGUGUUCAAACCAAGACAGAAACCAUGAACUUGAAACACAUACAUCUGUUCAAUGUUGUUGUAUCAGAGAAGAUGUUGUUGAGGAAGCUAAAAAGCAACUAUGGCUAGCAGGGCCUCUUAUUGCAGUUAGUUUGUUGCAAUAUAGUUUACAAAUGAUAUCAAUUAUGUUUGUUGGUCAUCUUGGGAAACUUCCUCUUUCAGGUGCUUCUUUGGGUAACUCUUUUGCCUCAGUUACUGGUUAUAGUGUUUUGUUAGGUAUGGGAAGUGCAUUGGAGACACUAUGUGGCCAAGCCUAUGGAGCCAAACAAUAUCACAUGCUAGGAGUUCACACACAAAGGGCAAUGCUAGUCCUUCUAGCAUUAAGCAUUCCCUUAUCUUUAAUUUGGUUUAACACAAGCAACAUUCUCAUAGCAUUAGGCCAAAACCAUGAAAUAUCAACAGAAGCUGGAACAUUUAAUAGAUGGAUGAUCCCUGGCCUUUUUGGAUAUGCUAUCAUUCAAUGCCUUAAUAGAUUUCUACAGACACAAAACAAUGUUUUUCCAAUGCUUAUAAGCUCUGGAAUCACAACUUUGGUACAUGUUUUGUUUUGUUGGGUUUUUGUGUUUGAAUAUGGAUUAGGAAUCAAAGGAGCAGCCUUGGCAAUUAGCUUGUCCUAUUGGGUUAAUGUGGUCAUGUUGGUGAUUUACAUAAAUUCAGCUACAACUUGUGCAUCAACUUGGAAUGGUGUUUCUAAGGAAGCUUUGAAUGAUAUUAUUAGUUUUUUAAAGCUUGCUUUGGCUUCAGCAGUUAUGAUAUGUUUAGAAUAUUGGUCCUUUGAGAUGGUUGUUCUUCUAUCUGGCCUUUUACCAAACCCACAACUAGAGACAUCUGUAUUAUCAAUAAGCCUUAAUACAUGUUGGAUGGUCUAUAUGAUCUCCGUUGGUCUUGGAGGUGCCAUAAGCACAAGAGUGUCAAAUGAAUUGGGUUGUGGGAAUGCACAAGGUGCACUUUUGGCUCUCCAUGUGAUGAUUGUAAUUGCCAUAGUAGAAGGUUCAGCAGUGGUAUUGGUUACCAUUUUGGUAAGAAAUGUUUGGGGGAAGCUGUAUAGCAAUGAAGAUGAAGUUAUCAAAUAUGUUGCCAAGAUGAUGCCUUUGCUGGCACUGUCUGACUUCUUAGAUGGUUUCCAGUGUGUACUUUCUGGAGCUGCUAGAGGCUGUGGUUGGCAAAAUCUAUGUGCAUCUAUAAACCUUUGUGCUUACUAUGUUGUGGGAAUUCCUUUUGCUAUCCUAUUCGCCUUUGUCUUCCAUAUUGGAGGGAUGGGGCUUUGGAUGGGAAUCAUAUGUGGACUUUGUGUUCAAGGGAUAGCCUUGAUUACUGUGAAUGUAUGUACUGAUUGGGAUAAAGAGGCUAGGAAAGCAGUUGAGGCGAAUCAGAAAACUGAAGUAAUCACAGAACAGAUAUAGGCAAACAAAGUGAAUGUAGGGAUGUGAUGACUAUAUUUCUUCUAGUUUUAUACUAGUAAUUUUUAUUUUGAUUUUUCAUAAGAGGGAUUAUGUGCAAUUUUUAUUUUGAUAAAGCAAUUGUGUAAUAUUUAUAGGAAGACAAUGAUAAAUAUAUAUUUUCUGGAUUUGAAUCUUCUAAAAUGAGUAAAAUAUUUAAAGUGAGAAAAUUAAGGGUGGUGAGUAAC